ACAAAAGUUUUAUUUCAGAAUUAUUUUUUCUAGAUAUUAAGUGAAAAGUGAAUUUUUUUUAAUAAUUUAAGUUUAAAGUGAAUUUUUUUUUAAUAAUUUAGGUUUAAAGUGAAAAGUUUGAAAAAAAAAAAACAAAACCAUGUUGCGAAAUGUGUCGUUCCUUCCCAUUUCAACUGUUCAUAUACAAAAAGAUUCAACGGAUGGCUGUCCUUCCUCUUCGUCCAAACUCCAAAGUACCAAUACACCAACCAGUGCACUCAUACCAAUCCAACAGAUUCAAAGGAUGGCUGACCUCCCUGUUCGUCGAAACUCCAAAGUCCAAAUGCACCAACCAGUGCACUCACACCCAUCCAGUAGAUUCAACGGAUGGCUGUCCUCCCUGUUCGUCCAAACUCCAAAGUACCAAUACACCAACCAGUGCAGUUCCCAAUCCACUAUUUCCACUGUCCAAUUUAACUCGAAUACCCAAAACAACAUAAAGCUGGCCAAUAUAGAUUCCAUGGAUUCCCCCAAGUCGUCAUCUCCUUACUCCAAGUUCCACACUGGUUGCAGAUUUGCUUGCGCUUCAAUUAGAGCUGCGGCUCGGGCUCUGGCUUGAGCUCGGGCACAAAAUUACUAUAUAUUUUGAUAAGAAAAAUUUAUAUUUUGAUACAUCUUGACAACCAUAGGCCAUACUGGCCUGUGCGUGGCCCGUUGGGGCCGUCCUUUUCAUAUAUUUUGAUACCAAUAAAUUAUAUAUUUUGAUACG